CUUAUGGUCUGCUCCCGUUUGCUAUAUCCGGACGAUCAAGAAGGAUAAAAUGGGAAAUCUGGGUUUUGGCGCUUCCACCUCCAUUUAUCGUGGCAGAUCAGGUAUUCCGUGGUACCCCGCCCCUUGUGAAUGCUGGAAAUUGGAAUUGUAAAGGUUAGUAUGGGAGAUGGAUCAAAUCUAUCAGAGGUGCCCCUCAAAGUCGGGUGACGGGAAAGUGAGGAUGGAUGCAGCAGUCGCCUGGCCUGAGCGAACACACAUACCCAUCCCAAAUCCUUGGGCAGGACCGCUCUGCCGCUCCUUCCUCUCACAUCCCCCACCAUGUCACUUCAACCAAAACUUGUCUAGUAGUCUUGACGGUAGGCAUCAUUCGAUUCUUCAUCCGGCUUGCAUCUCUGGAUGGGACUACCACCAUCUAGGGAGACCAAACCUAUGGAUCACCUCAUCUGAUCACUGCCAGUUCUUUCCGCCUUCUGCUCUCCCAACGCACCAUCAGUAAAGCCUACACAACAGCCGCGACCAUGUGCUCCAACUGGGAGUGUAUGACCCAGGCAGCGCAGUUCGGCAUCGUAUUCAGCGCCGUAUUCCCGGCUUUGACCAUUACCUUCUUGUACUGGUACCUUGUAUGGAAACAGAGACAGCCGCCUGCUAGCUCUGAGGAUAUCGAGGUGAUCGAGAUUGAGCUGCCUCCUCCAGGUCGAGUCGAAGAGGGAGCCAGACCGCGAUGCAAGAAAUCCGAGAUACAAGAUACUAUUGCAAGCACCCAUAACAACUUCUUCUUCUUUACCCAGCCGCAAGUCGCUCAGCCGCCACAGCCUCGCAGACAGAUUGAGUACCAUCUGGUACACGAAGAUGAGCUCGAAGACCGUCUAGCAAAUUCAGAGGACGACAUCGAGAGCCAGCAGCCACCGCCACCGAGUCGUCGGAGAAAGUCCAAGAAGCCCAAGAAAUCUCUGCCGCAACCACCAACACCAACUCUGCUUCCGCCAUAUGUCUAUCAAGCCAGUCUUCCGGACAAUAAUGUCACCCCUCCAAGCACAUCCACGCAACCUCAUCAACGGAGACCGGCGUGGACAAACUACUAUUGGAAUCCCCCGCAUUUGGCAUGGCAGCAACAGCAGCGACAGCAGCAGAAAUGGCAGCAGCAAUGGCAACAGCACCAGCAGGCUCAGCCCAGCAAUGUCCCCCAGGCAUAUCACCAUAUGGGCUCGUCCCAGCCUAGUCAGUCGCAGAUGAUGUAUUGGUACCCCGUCGUACAGCAGCCUGCCAAUCUUCAUGGCCCCCGAGAUAUGCCAGCGCCGGUCCAGGUUCCUCAAGGUCGUCAAGCCUUCCCGCAGUCCAUGAAACAACCUGUGCAGUCUGUCCAUUCUCAACAGUUUGCUCAGCCCACUCAGUUUGCCCAGACUGCGCAGUUCGCUCAAACAUCGCAACCGACCAACAUCUCGCAGAAUACCCAGCCGACGCAGUUCACUCAGCACAUGGGGUUCACCCACCAAAGCCCCCACAGAGAGUCGAGGGCUGCGCAACGCCAACAAGACUUCAUGGGACAGCAGCAAGCAUCUAGCACUCAUGCGACGACAGCAUCGCCAGCAAUGUCGAGGGAUACGCGCACAAACCCCAUCCAUACCGACCAGCAUGACGAUGAACCACUCGUCCGGGGAGCAUCUUGGUGGCGGAGGUUAAUCUGGCGGCUCCCUGCAACAGGUAGAGCCUCGACUGUCGACGACUCCAGCACUUCAAGGAGUCGGUCCACACAGAGUUCGCCGAGCAUGUCGCCUAGUCCUGCACCGCGGAGAUCAAGGCGACGGUCCAGGUCCCGUGAGACUCGCCACCCAGACAGCCGUCAACACCGAGAUCGCCGUCGUCAAUGGGAUGAUCCAGCAGCUCCCGAGGGAAGCCAAGAAAGCUUAUCCAGUCGCUCUCGCAGCCCUUCAAGAGUUCGGGCAAGGCCAGUCGUCAGGGACUCUAGGAGAUACCGACGGAGAUACUCCGAAAGCAUAGAGAGUGAUGCCGCUGCUCAGCCACAGCGUGGCCAUUCUCGUGACUGGGCGCGCGAACGACGAUCUCUGACCCCGGAUUUCCCCGACUUGUCUUCGCUACCAUCGCAUACCACUCUCGAUAGCGGAGAGCCGCCUCUAUCGCCAUCAAUUGGCCACGACACAAAUCAGGACAGAAGGGACCGGCACUACACGGAAACGUCUGUACCCCUUUCUCCUGAUUCGAGAACCCAAUCCCACACUCAAACCACGGAACCACAAGAGUCCAUGGAAAUCCCUCAGAUAUCCUUGAAACCUCCACAAGCAGCUGUUGCUCAGGACCAUGUGGGCAGGCGCCGUCUUGACGAGACUGAUCGACGAGUGUCUUUCGACGAGAACCCAGUGAGCCAAUCUCACAUCAUUGAGCAGAUAUCCGAGACAACGGAGUCCAUUCCCGGGGCCAGCGGACGGAACAAACUGUCCGAUGCCGCACCGCGAACAAGCGCUCACCCCGAGGUCCCACCGGUUGAGCCACGAGUUUUAUACGUAGAGGCCUCUCCCUCCGAACAGAGCGAAGCCGGUUCGCCUUCAGUGCCUUCAAAACAAGAAGUCGGCUCGCCGAGUGUGAUGGUGGCCAAAGAAGAAGUCGCUGGUACCGCCUUGGCCAAUGCCAGUCCCGAGUCCGGCAAGGAUCAAAUGUCUCGCCGCUCUAACCAAACGCAGAGUCCAGACCUCCAGCACUCGAGUCGCAGGAGAAGCGUAUUACGCCGGAGAGCAAGCGACGCUGAUUCUUACGGAUCGGAGGAGUCUUACAUGCCUAGCCCACCGAAGCCGUUCGCUACCCAAACGUUCUCAGGACGCACAUCAAUCACAGGAAGGAGAUUCGGGCGAGACAGCAAAGUGAGCGUCGCUGACAGUAUGGAAGUCCAACUUUCCCCCGACGAGACUGUUUUCCCCGGGCACAAGAUACCUCCAGCAAAGCGGACACGGAGAAGCGAGGCCCGUGGGAGUAGUUCGACGUUUGACCGGUUUCGUGGCUCCGAGGAUGGCAUACAACAUGGAUGAGUGUGUGCAGCGAAUUAGCACAGGAACCGAGACAAGACCCCUUCACUGCACGGUCUGAUAUCUACGGAGCCGGUGGACUGUAUGAUGUAUUUUCGCGUUCAUGUGUGCAGGGCUGAGUUGGGUGUCUCGGGGCUGUCAGUGCCGGGGCAUGGCUUUUGGCACAACGGUCCAUGUCAGACGGAGCGCGAGCCUUGAGGGGAAAGAGACCAAAGAUGAGAAAGGUUGAGUUAUGCGGUUAUGGGAGAAGGUGGGAUGAAAAAGUAGAACAUAGAAAAGGAAAAUUGAUGGAAAUGAGAGUGAAAAAAAAAAAUUGAAGGCAAUUCACAUGGACCUCCCCCCGCACACAUGUUCGGGCCAACUGCAUGAGCCAGGACAUAGCUGCCCCACACUUGCACUGCCAGGGACAGACCAUGGUACGUCGUCAUCCUUGGCGUGG